AUGGGAAAGUCUUCUUCUUUUUGCUACCAAUUCUCUAAGCACCGUUUCUCAACAUCUUUUGGGGGUCCUUUCUUUUUCUUACCCUUAAGUUUGGCAAUUUCUACUGUUCUUCUUAUUUGCUUAUACAUAUUUUGCACAACCUCAAAAGUGUUCACCAAUACACAAAACAAUCUUUACCAAGAGUCUUCACCAAUAUCUUCUUUAAUCCAGCAAAUGGUUCCAUUUUCACUUGAAAAUGCAGCUGAAGAAUUGUUCUUUUCACCUAGAUCUGCUCCUUUGUCGAGAGGGAACCAAUGGUCUAUUGGAAGCCUUUUUGGCUUAUAUGGAAACUAUGUAAAUAACACAGAGGUCUACCAUGAUAAAGAUUUCUUCCUAGAAGAUUACAAGGAAAUGAAUAGGAGCCUUAAGAUAUAUGUUUAUCCUCACAGCAGAGAUGAUCCCUUUGCUAAUGUGCUCUUGCCGGUGGAUUAUGAUCCCAAGGGUCAUUAUGCCAGUGAACUUUAUUUCAAGAGGAUUCUUUUUAAAAGCCACUUCAUCACAAAGAAUCCAAGUGAGGCAGAUCUCUUUUUUAUGCCUUUCUCUAUAGUAGAAAUGCGGCAUGACCCUAGGAUUGGUCCAGAAGGAAUGCAAGAUUUCAUCAAAGAUUACAUCCACAAUAUUAGUCACAAGUACCCUUAUUGGAAUCGAACAGACGGGGCUGAUCACUUUUAUGUUGCUUGUCAUACCAUUGGGCGUUUUGCAAUGGAUAAAGUAUUUGAAGCCAAAUUCAAUGUGAUUCAAGUUGUUUGCUCUUCAUCAUAUUUUGUUGCUGGAUAUAUUCCUCACAAGGAUGCUUCUAUGCCACAAAUUUGGCCUAGACAAGGAGAUCCUCCAAACUUUGCUUCAUCAAAAAGAAAGCAGCUUGCCUUUUUUGCUGGGACAAUCAACUCACCUGCACGUCUAGCUCUUCUUAAACUUUGGGGAAAUGACACCGACAUUUUUGCUCACUUUGGCCGGCUCAGAACACCUGAUGCUGACCAGCUUCUUGGUAGCAAGUUCUGCCUUCAUGUCAAAGGCUUUGAAGUAAACUCAGCUCGUGUUGCAGAUGCAAUAUAUUAUGGUUGUGUUCCGGUGAUUCUUGCCAACCACUAUGAUCUCCCAUUUGGUGACAUAUUAAAUUGGGAGAGCUUCUCAGUUUUGGUUCAUUACUUGGAUAUCCCAGUAUUAAAGAAUAUACUUCAAAGGAUUAGCUUAGAAGAGUAUUCCGUACUACAAAGUAACACGUUGAAGGUUCGCAAACAUUUCCAGUGGAAUGAUCCUCCAAUAGAUUAUGAUGCAUUUUACAUGACAAUGUAUGAGUUGUGGCUCCGCCAGAGUUCUGUGAGGGUCCGAUUAAGUGCUUGGAUGGAAUAAAUGUAAAUUGCUUUAAUGCUUUGGGGUCUUUAAUGGCAUUAGGCGAUCAUGUACUUUUUGUUCCCCUUUUUCAUUGAUCUUAUUUUAUUUCUGUUUUGUAACAUGAGCGACACACAGAAAUUUUUCCGAAAUUAGACGGGGUUGAUUUACUUAUCGAUUGGAUGUAAGUAAAACUAUGUUGAUAACAUAUUACACAAGCAUUUAUGUCAAAUGGUUGGUUCUCUGCCAGACCAUGAUUCUAAAAGCCACUGCCUUG